AUGCUGCGGGCAGGGGGCACGCUCAGGGGGAGGACCCCCCGGAGCCCCCCAAAUUCCGCCCCCCUCCCCCGCCACGCCGCCCCUCACCCUGCCCGGGCAGCCACGGGCUCGCCGCCCUCACUGCGCAUGCGUCAUGCGCGGCGCGCCCUUCCUGGCACGACGCUGCCGCCGCCAUCUUUGCUGAGGGGUGUUUGCUAUUUCCGAGCUGGCUGGGAGGAUCCCAUUCGCAUCAGCCGCAGGCAGCGACGCGGCAUCGCCGGGUACCACCUCGCUCCCUCCGGCAUCCUCCGUCCUCCCGGCUUGGAUCAGCCCCACCGGGGCUCCGUGUCCUGCCCUGCCGCUGCACCGGCACCCCCGCGGCUCCCGGCAGCCCCCCGGCACGGCCAGGUAAGGGCCUCACCGGCACGGCCACACCGGAGCGCCCACCGAGCCCCGGCGGCGCUGGGGCUCCGUGGCACGGCCGGGGGGAUGCUCGGAGGGCAGGGGGACACGGCGGGCACGGCGUCUCUCAGGGGACACGGUGACACGAUGCAGCUGGCACAAUCCCGGUGCGGAAUUCCUGCGCCACCGCCGGGCACGGCGACGGACGGGGCAGCGAGGUGGCACCGUGUCCCCGGAGCGGUGACCUUCGCAAGGGCUCUGCCGGGGGGUGACAGCGGAUUUGGGGAGCAGAUUGGGGAUGGGGGGGGGGACACGUGGCAGUGGGUGGCCGUGGGUGCCGAGUGA